AUGGCGCCGGUCCUUCGCACUGGCAUCUUAGGCGCCACCACCACAGUCGAACAAACCCUCCUCCCAGCCCUAAUCUCACUACACACCCACUUCGAUCUGAAAAUAAUAUAUGACCAAGCGCAAGAAACAGCUGAACACUGUCAAAAGAAAUUCAAUAUCCCACAGAGCACAAUAUCGCCUGUCAACGUCCUUCGCCAUCCGGAAGUAGAUCUAGUCCUAAAUCUCCUCCCCUUCGAAUACCAUGAACAAUAUACCAUCGCGGCCCUCGAAGCUGGAAAACACGUUAUGGUCGAGGUACCCCUCAGCCUCAGUAUCCAGGGUCUACGCCGUAUUCGUGCCGCAAUGAAGAAGGGGACAGCCACAUGCUCGAAUGGGACUGGGCCGAAGGUCUUUGUAGGCUGUGUUCGUCGCUUUGCUCCCUGCUUCGAAGAUAUUUUCAAGAAAGAACUUGCCUCUUUGGGUCGGGUGUACUAUGCUCGGUGUCGUAAUAUCACUGGACCGCUAAGUAUCGAUUCAAACGAUGCUUACGACGCUAGCGAUGAGGUAAACAACGCUAUACGAAGUCCGAAAAUAUUCCAUGCACUUCUCGCCGACGUCUUUGGAUCCGAGGAAGAUAUUACCACUGAUCGUAUCGCUUUCUGUCGCUUUCUGGGUAAUAUAGGCUGCCACGAUCUAGCCCUGUUACGUGAGUCACUAGGUUUCCCAGAUGCUGUGGCCAACAUCGCCAUUACAGAGCCUUUCUACUCGGCAAUCUUCCACUACUCUGACGGUAAAGAAGGACAUCCGUUCACGCUCCUCUAUGAAGCAGGUUGUGAUGCUGUUCCACGCUGUGAUGCCCAUCUGACAGUCUACGGUUCGAAAAAGACUGUUAGUCUCAAGUAUGAUUUCCCUUGUCCGAGUCAAACGGGUUGUCAGGAUGCAUGUGUGCGAGUUAUUGUUGAGGAGGUGGAGACGGGGAGGGACGGAAGCCAUAUAAAUUCCAAUGGGGAUGGGAAUGGCGUUGUUCCUCCCCACAUUAACAGAACUGAAACUGUUAGCUCUUGCGCGGAGUCGUAUGAGAGGGAGUUUUUGGCCUUGCACUCUUAUCUUGUUGGUGACACAAGAGAUUCUACAACAACUGAUGAGAAUGCACUGAUGGAUUUGCGGCUGUUGCAGAGGAUCUUUGCACAUUACGACCGACAGUGUGGAACUAUUCGGACACCACUUGGUUGA